AUGUCUGAUGCCAACAACCACUCCGGAGUUGACCAGCCGUUGAGCGAGGAGACCCGCGAAGAUCUCCGUCGAAUGACCCUUGGUCUAACAAACCAAAGAACCAUAGAAACACUCACACGAACCGCAAUGAUGGCCAAGUUCAAGCGCCAGAGUUUGCGUGCUCUUCGCGAAGACAACAUGGAUCACUGUGAGGCUGAGAAGCAAACGCCGACCGAGAAGAAGAAUGGACAUAGCCAGCAGAAGGCCACCACCGCCAAGGCCGUCGAUGAGCAUGCCAACAAGGAGCAUAUCUCCCAGGGCAAUUUCAACGAUGGAGGUACCGAGCCUGACAGGACUGCCCCAGAGAUACCCCUGUUCUAA